CACCGAGGCCACUCCGAAGCCUCGAGGAAAGCCGCCGAGCCUCUUGGACUGGCAUCAUUAUGCCCUCUGCCUCCCACUGAUGCUUCAAUGACCCGUACGACCACUCACCUAUUCCUCCUCCUUCUCGCGUCGGCAGCGACAGCGUCGGUGGAGGCCCAACAAUGCCGGCUCGUAGCCCAUAACAACCUGGGCGUGCCUACCCAGACUUCUGGGUCCGCCGGGGGAUCGCCCGCAUCGAUCUCAGCGACGGCUACCGGCGCACAGCCUUCCGCUUCCGCAGCAUCCACAAACGCCUCUUCGUUCAACUACGGGACUGAUGUUAUCCGGGGUGUGAAUCUCGGAGGGUGGUUCGUGCUAGAGCCAUGGAUCACUCCGAGCAUCUUUGAGAAGACGAACAACACGAAUAUUGUCGACGAAUAUACGUUCGGCCAGCUGUUGGACUCAAACUACGCGUCUAGCGCGCUCGAGCAGCACUGGGACACUUGGAUCACCGAAGACGAUUUCAAGGCUAUCAAGGCAGCAGGCCUUAACCAUGUGCGGAUACCAGUAGGUUACUGGUCCGUGCCAAUCACGUCCGCCGACACGAGUUAUUCGACCGACGCCUCUCCGUACGUCACCGGCGCAUGGCCUUACCUUCUCCGAGCCUUGAACUGGGCCAACGAGAAUUCCGUCCACGUAAUUCUGGAUCUGCACGGCGCGCCAGGGUCGCAGAAUGGCUUCGAUAAUUCUGGGCAUAGAGGAUCCGCCAAUUGGGCGAACAACUCGACUAACAUAGAACGGACCCUGGAUAUUAUUCGAUUUAUGGUCGACAAGGUCGGCGGCAUGGUGAAUGUCAUAGAGCUGCUCAAUGAGCCCGCUGGAUGGGUUUCCGACGUCGGCUCUGCCAUUGGGACCUACUGGAAGGACGGAUACUCCAUUGUCCGGAAUAUCACAGGGACGGAAAACACUGUCAUGAUUGGAGAUGCCUUCCUGGGCGUUGAUAAUUUCUUGCUGCCUCCCGAAGGACAAGGGGUCAUCAUGGAUUAUCAUCAAUACCAGAUAUUCAAUUACGAUCAGAUAGAACUAUCGGAGGACCAGCACAUAAAUUAUACUUGUCAAAUCAACGCUACGCUGGCACCGUACGCCAAGUCUAACUUAAUGACUAUAACUGGAGAGUGGUCGAACGCUAUCACGGACUGCGCGCAGUGGCUGAACGGACGAAAUGUCGGAGCCCGAUGGGACGGAACCUUUGCCUCCGGAGAGCCUACUUUUGGCAGCUGCGACGGCAUGACGGGCAAUUAUUCCACAUUCAGUGCGGACUACAAGACCUUCCUUCGAAAAUACUGGGAAGCGCAGGUCACUGUCGGCGAGAGCGUACAAGGAUGGAUAUUUUGGACGUGGAAGGCUGAGAACGCGGACGAUUGGAGCUAUCAGAGGGGUCUCGAAGGCGGCUGGAUACCACAAGACCCAACGGACAGAAAGUACCCAGGCAUUUGCUCCGGGAGCUCGAGCUCGUAGGCUCGGCGGACAUUCGCCUCCGGGUCGGGCGCAGGAUGUAACAACAAAUGCUGUACGAACAUUGCUCUUGAAUGCCAUCUGUGUAUACCGCUUCGGCGGCAGGGUGACUUGGGCCGUGGUUGCAGGCACUGGGCAGACCGCAGACGGGCUGUAGCAAGGCUGUGGUCGCGACUCAAGAUCAGUCACCGGACUGUCUUGGACAUCGUCAUCCGCCGCCAGCAUCAGCGCUUUCUCGCCACUUCUCGCCCAACUCCAGAAAGCGGGUCAUGCGUGACCGUGACAUGUGAUGCAUUUGAGAGCUGUGAUUGGCGGAGGGAUGCUAAUGUCACGGGCGCUUGUGUGAGCAGCGCACGUGGGCAGCCGUUUACGGCAACUGCGGGCUGG